GGGCCCCCUGCUUCAGGCAGAUCCAGGGCCAACAUGGACAGACGGCGCUUCACCUCCUCUGCCCGCCGCUCAUACGCCUCCGAGGUUGUGGUUCGCUUCCCGGGUGCCCGCCGCCUGGCGCCAGUGGCCCGGCUCUCCCCAAGCAAAAUGCCACCUCCGCUUCCCACCCGGGUUGACUUCUCAGUGGCCGAGGCUCUCAAUGCCAGCUUCAAAGAGACGCGGUCCAGCGAGCGGGCCGAGAUGAUGGAGCUCAACGACCGCUUUGCCAGCUACAUCGAGAAGGUGCGUUUUCUGGAGCAACAGAACAAGGUUCUGGCAGGGGAGCUCAACCAGCUUCGGGGAAAGGAGCCCACCAAGCUUGCCGACGUCUACCAAGCCGAGCUGCAUCGGCUCCGGCUCCAGCUGGACCAGCUGACUGCCAGCAGUGCCCGGCUAGAGAUCGAGAGAGAUAACCUGGCUGAAGACCUGGCCACUCUGAGACAGAAGCUCCAGGAGGAAACCAACCUUCGGCUGGAAGCAGAGAACAAUCUAACAGCUUACAGACAGGAGGCUGAUGAAGCUUCUCUGGCCCGCCUGGAUCUGGAACGGAAGGUUGAGUCUCUGCAAGAAGAGAUCCGCUUUCUCAGGAAGAUUCAUGAAGAAGAGCUUCGAGAGCUACAGGAGCAGCUGGCCCAGCAUCAGGUACAUGUGGAACUUGACGUGACCAAACCAGACCUCACUGCUGCCCUGCGUGAGAUCCGAACCCAGUACGAGGCGAUGGCCUCCAGUAACAUGCAGGAGACUGAGGAGUGGUACCGGUCCAAGUUUGCAGACCUGACAGAUGCUGCAGCGCGGAACGUGGAGCUGCUGCGCCAGGCCAAGCACGAAGCCAACGAGUACCGGCGACAGCUGCAGUCCCUCACCUGCGACCUGGAGUCCCUUCGUGGCACUAACGAGUCCCUGGAGAGGCAGAUGCGGGAGCUGGAGGAGCGGCACGCCCGGGAAGCGGCGGGCUACCAGGAGGCGCUGCUGAGGCUGGAGGAAGAAGGGCAGAGCCUCAAGGACGAGAUGGCCCGGCACCUGCAGGAGUACCAGGAGCUGCUCAACGUCAAGCUGGCCCUGGACAUCGAAAUUGCCACCUACAGGAAGCUGCUGGAAGGGGAGGAGAGCCGCAUCACCAUCCCAGUACAGACAUUCUCCAAUCUGCAAAUCAGAGAGACUAGCUUGGACACCAAGUCUGUAUCUGAGGGGCAUCUCAAGAGAAGCAUUGUGGUAAAGACAGUGGAGAUGCGUGAUGGAGAGGUCAUUAAGGAAUCCACACAGGAGCACAAAGAUGUGUGAACUGGGGCUCCUCCAGAGAGCCUCUACAACAGGGGAUAGAGUGGUUUCCUUGGUCCCUAAGUGAGAAGUUGUAGGAGAUUUAACCGCACACAAGUGCCAUAGAACAAAUCCCUUUCCCCACUCCCAGUAUCUUGGCAGCUUUGUCUGUCUUAGGCUUCCGUCGGCAGUCACAAUUUCUCCACUCUUCAGUCCCUCCUUUCCUACUAACUGGAGAGGAUAAACCUCUAGUGUCCAUAUUUCUGGUACUAAUCAUAAGGGGAUGAUGUGAGAGGUGUUUAGAAAUCAGUUUGGUUUAGGCUAGUAGGGAGGAGAUUGAAUCAGAGGGGAGUACAUUGCUGGAGGUUGCUCCCCCUUGACCCUCCCCACAUCCUUGUUUCUAUGGCAACUAUUGCCAGAGCACCAAGAAGUUCAGAGCUGUCAUUCCUAGACUUAGGAGAGAGAAAGGUGGUGUUGGAGGUUGUGGGGGUGGGGGGUUUGUCUGGAUCCCUUAUUAUCAAGCUGCAAAAGAAAAAAUAAAACUGUCAAGGGGAAAGCAGGGGUCUUCAGGACAAGGCAAGGGGCUGAUCUCUUGUUUUCUGGUCCUGACCUGGGAGAGGCUGGAGAUAUUUAUAGAGAUAGUACUGUUAUUCUUUAUAAUUCACAUUUAUGUAACUCACACAUAUAUUUAUAUUUAAGGUUUACAAUUUACAUUUGCUUGCAAUAAGUCUGUGAGGUAGAUAGAAUUAUAAUUCCAAUUUUAAAGAAGGGUAAACUAAGCCUCAGAGAGCCUCAGGUUACACAGCUACAUUUAGAACCAGGAUCUGAACCCAGGUAUUCUGACUCCAAAUCCAAUAUUCUUUUCCCUUGCCUUCUGAAUUCUGGUAGAAUUAAAUAUCCUCAUAUUUGACUUUAGGAGUCAUUGGUAAUAUGAUAUAUUGUCCCUUGUUACUCAUACCCAUUGUCCCUCAUACUUAGGAUCAUGGAUUUAGAGCUGGAAGGGACUUUAGAGACUAUUUAGCCCAACCAUUUCACUUUAGGGAAACUAAUCAUGGGCUCACAAGCCAUUUACUAAGUCACCUUGGAAAAGUCACAAAGUAAAGUUCAGAGAAUCAAUAUUACAGUAUCUUCCCCCAAAAUAUGGUUGCAAUAAAACCAUUUAAGGGGAGUAAGGCUUGGAAAGUGCUUAAACUUGGAGAAAGCUACUUGGAGUUCCAUUCUUAGCUCUUCAAAUUGGGAGGGAAAGGGAGCAGAGUAUUUUGGAGUGUAGGAAAGUUUCUGGUGUAUGUAGCGGGAGAAAGAGGAUCAGAGGUAGGGAGGGAACGGGGAGAGAGCUGUCCAGCUAAUUCCCAGGUUUGGGUCAAGAGAGGUCUGAAGAAGUUCAAAUAAAAACUUGAGAUUCUGAUCUGUUAAGAAGCCCUAGGGUGAAAACCUAGUUCAAUCAAACCUUCUCUUCCUUUUCCCCCUUUCUUCAGUUGGAGUCAGGUAGACAGAGCAUAGACCAGAACUCCUCUCAUGCUUCAUUAGCUUCCUCUUGCCUCUGGUUCAUGGCAAUUAAGAGGUUACCAUCCUUUUACAAAUGCUAGAUUCUGUUAGAGAAAGUACACUGAGAGAGACUACCAAGAGUAGAGGAGCACAUAUCUUUUUCCAAGGCCCCUUUCUUGUCCAAUUAGAAUCUUAUAAUCCUUUUUAUGCCAUCCCACCUCUAAUAGCUCUUCAUCUUUCCCCAUUUCCCCCCAUUUCUUCUCUAUAUAAAUUAGAUUCUAAACCCAAUCCUGAUUUUCCUUCCUUUUUCUCUCAUAAAUUCAAAUAGGACGGUCAAUAAUUUCCCAUUUCUUAGUAUAAGUUUAAACUUUAGUUUUUCAAGUCAAAUUUAGUGGAGUGCUUCUUUCCCCCAGUAAUUUCUCUGAUAGACACCCAUGCUAAGUACCACUGGUGCUCCCUACACAUUGCAGAGGCUGCUUGGAUGAUACUAUCUAUUCUCUAUCCCUCUCUCUCACAUUGCUGAUUAGCUGUUUUUCUAAUGUAUUAAUGACCGCUCGCUCCCUCCCACACAUAUCAGCCUUGGAAAACUGAGGAAAAGAAUCAGAGGAAAAGAUUAGGCUGAAAAGGCUUAGAUUUAAAUGUAGCAUUUGGCCCAGUGUGUCUCCUUAGCAUUCUGUAGAAGGUCUUGCUGAGCAAAGGGUUGGUAGUGUAGGAAUAUGGGUAGCCUAAGAAGUGACUUGGGGGCAUAUGUUCCAGGACCCCCACUUCACACUAACAGGCGGGACCUUGGAAGAUGAUGGAGAACCUUUCCUCUUGCUCGAGUUUUCUUCAACCAUGGCUUUUUAUUUUAGUUCUGUCACCUCGCUGCUUCGCCAUUGCUGACUUUAACCUAGUCAGUCGCAGAGGAUACCUAAUAAAGCGGUUUGCAUUCA